UGCAAUUUGCCUCCUCCUUCUCUAUAUAUUUCCAAUACUCUCAUCAAGUAAUUUCACAUUAUAUAUCUAUCUCUUUUCAAAGGGUAUCAAGUUUUCCAUUAUAGAACAAAUUUACAUGUUCGAACAGCAACACUUUCAACCUCACGGUCACCAUAACCAGCUUACGGUGAAGAUGAAUAAUAAGGUGAAACGAAGAGAAAUGAAAAAGCCUAAAGAAGAAGAGAAGCUUCAAUUUAUGGACUUGAGUGGCAUGUCGUUGGACUCACUUCCUAAAUCUUUGCUUCAUUUAGCCAUCAUUUCUAAGCUUGACCUAUCAAAUAACAAUCUAAAGAAUAUUCCAGAGUCGUUAACGGCGAGAUUAUUGAACUUAGAGAUGUUAGACGUGCACUCCAACCAGCUCAAAUCUCUCCCAAAUUCCAUUGGUUGUCUCUCCAAGCUCCAAAUUUUGAAUGUCUCUGGAAAUUUCAUUGAAUCUCUUCCUGCAACCAUUGAGAAUUGCAGAGCCUUAGAAGAAUUGAAUGUCAACUUCAACAUGCUGAGCAAGCUGCCAGACACAAUAGGCUUUGAGCUCAUACAACUCAAGAAGCUUUCUGUCAACUCCAACAAACUGGUGUUUCUUCCCAGCUCCACCUCUCACCUUACGGCUCUCAAGGUUCUCGACGCACGUUUGAACUGCCUCAGAAGUCUCCCCGACAACCUCGAAAACCUCAUCAAUCUGGAAAUCCUAAAUGUGAGUCAGAACUUCCAAUACUUGGAGUCUUUGCCCUACUCCAUAGGGCUCCUCUGGUCCCUGGUUGAAUUGGACAUUAGCUACAAUAGUAUCAAAACAUUGCCGGAUUCCAUUGGGUGCCUCCAGAAGCUUCAAAAGCUAAGUGUGGAGGGAAACCCACUUAUUUCGCCUCCACUGGAGGUGGUGGAGCAGGGAUUACAUGUUGUGAAGGAGUAUAUGCGUCACAAAAUGAACUCGCACGAUCAUGUCUCAACCAAGAAGAGAUGGUGGAUAGUGAAAUGUGGAACCUUCAAUGGACACAAUAGAAGUGGGAAACAAACAGAACACAGAGGUUUUAGCAUGCUUCAAUAUCAACCAAUGAAUGGUCUUGCAUCGCCAGGCUUCAUGGGGAAGUUGUCACCUCUUCGCCUAUUCUCACCCCGCCGUUCCUUCAAUUGAGACGCCAUAAAAUAUUUCGUAAAAAUAUAUGUAUAAAAUCUCUGCAUGUUAAGAUAGUUUUCAUUUGUUGAUUUUGAAUACCAACAAUUAGGAUAUGGCCACUGUAAAUGAGAAGAAUAAUUGUUGGAUAGGUUGUAUUGUAUUAUGUAUACAAAAUAUUUUUAGUGUAUUAUGGAUUUGAAAAUGGUGGGUUCGUACUUCUUCUAAUGUAAAUUAAUAGAUCAUUACAGGUUCUUUUUACAGUUCUAUA